GAACGGCGGGCGGCGCGGGGCCGGGCAGGGCAGGGGCGGCACAGAGCCGGGCGGAGGCCGAGCCCUUCCCGCAGCGCGACCCCUCCACGCGUGCCGCUGCCCUCCGCGUCCCGCGCUCGCCCGACAACAUGUCCACGGCCCUGGUGUCGCCCACCAUCUUCGACCUGAGCGAAGUUUUAUGCAAGAGCAGCAAGAUGCUGAACUACAGCCCCGCGGGGGUCGGCGGGUGCCUGCUGGACAGGAAGGCGGUGGGCACCCCGGCCGGCGGCGGCUUCCCUAGGAGGCACUCGGUGACGCUGCCCAACGCCAAGUUCCACCAGAGCCAGCUCCUCGGCGGCCUCAAAGGGGAGCCCGCGCCCGCGCUCGGCCCCCGGGAGAGCCGCUUUCGGGACCGCUCCUUCUCGGAGGGCGGCGAGCGGCUGCUGCAGCAGAAGCAGCCCGGGGGCCAAGUGAACUCCAGCCGCUACAAGACGGAGCUGUGCCGCCCCUUCGAGGAGAACGGCGCCUGCAAGUACGGCGACAAGUGCCAGUUCGCCCACGGCAUCCACGAGCUGCGCAGCCUCACCCGCCACCCCAAGUACAAGACCGAGCUCUGCCGCACCUUCCACACCAUCGGCUUCUGCCCCUACGGGCCGCGCUGCCACUUCAUCCACAACGCCGAGGAGCGGCGCGCGGUGGCGGGCGGCCGGGAGCCCCCCGCCGCUGACAGACCCCGCCUGCAGCACAGCUUCAGCUUCGCCGGCUUCCCCAGCGCCGCCGCCCCCGGGCUGCUGGACAGCCCCACCUCCGUCACCCCGCCGCCCAUGCUGAGCGCCGACGACCUGCUGGGCUCCCCCACGCUGCCCGACUGCGCCAGCAACCCCUUCACCUUCUCCAGCCAGGAGCUGGUCAGCCUCUUCGCCCCCAGCGUGGGGGUGCCGGUGCCCGGCGGGAGCUCCCCCACCGCCUUCCUGUUCAGGCCCAUGUCCGAGUCCCCCCACAUGUUCGACUCGCCGCCCAGCCCUCAGGACUCGCUCUCCGACCAGGAGGGCUAUCUGAGCAGCUCCAGCAGCAGCCACAGCGGCUCCGACUCGCCCAUCCUGGACACCUCCAGGCGCCUGCCCAUCUUCAGCAGACUCUCCAUCUCCGACGACUAAGCGGGUUCCUCCCGCUCCCCCCCUCGGUGGCGACGUUAAGCUGACCCCCCGCCCUCCCCCGUCCCCCCAGCUGGAUGUUAACGCGUCCGCCUGCCUGUCGCGCACCCACCGGCUCCAACCUUAAGUGCCAAAUUACGACGAGAAGCAAUAACGUUUACAAAAUUAGUGCCUUGUAACACUUUCACUGUGACUCUAUUACCUCUCCGGCUGCAGAGGGCACCGCAGCUCUGCGCGCUUCCAGAUGUGCGGGACGUGCCCGCGCCCGGCUCCCCCCGCCGGCCGCCUCCUGCACCGCCCCCCGGGCCCCCGGCUGCAGGCACGUGGCAGCGUUAACAUCCAGCCCCCCGCCUCGCCCCUCCGCCUGCCCGCGGGGAGGGCGAGCUGAGAACAGAGCGGUUGUGACACGAGCGGGACUUCGGCUGGGAGGACGACGACGAGCGAAGAAGGCGGCAGAAAGCAAAAAAGAGGCGGACUGCGCUGCGAGAGUCUCGAUUUUGGUGCUAAAAGUUCCCCGUGUAUUCGUGUGACAUCUUAACAACAAAUAAAGAAAUGGAGGGGGUGGGGCGGACGGAAGUCAUUCCACACACACACACACACACACACACACACACACACACACACACACACACACACACACACACACACGUUCGUGUAAACAAAGUUCCAGUAGACAUAGCUUUAAUGGUUUUGCUCUAGAGUACCUUAGACCUAUCUUAGAGCACUCACGCCGAGCUUUUAUUAUUAUUUUGUUUUCUGGGUUUUUAAUUUUUGUAUAACUUCAGAAAUUGGAGAGCAAAUUUUGCUUGUCACUGCACAACAAUAUAAAAAAGCUUAUUUAACUUAUCAAAACGUAUUUAUUGCCGAAACCUAUGCUUUUUUGUUAAUUUUGUUCAUAUUUAUCGGGAUGAUGAAUCCAUAGAAUAUAUUCUUUUAUGUUUAAAUUAUGAUCUUCCAUAUUAAUCUUAAGAUUGUGAAGUGUCUUUUUCCUUUUUUUUUUCCCCCCACAGUUUAAUAUAUUAUACUACAAUGACAUUUUUUGUAACUUUACACUUUUUUUUGGUUAUUUUAUUUUAAAAAAUGAAAAAUUAAUUUAAAAAAAAAAAAGCAAAAAGCUGUGUUUGGAUUAUUUAUUUUAGAAUUUCCCCCUCCUUUUUUUUUUUUUUGUGUUGGACUGCAAAUUGAGUUAAUGUGCUUCUUUGCCUUUCCUCUCCUCCUCCUCUUCCCCUGCCCUGGGUCUUGCCAAGUGGGCUAUAGAAUGUACAUAUGUGAGCUCUGUGCGAGGCAGCGUGGAAGGAAGACCUUUUUCUUCCUCUUUUUGUAUAGUUUCAAGGAGAAAAGCCUUGAGCUCCAAGUGCCUAUCUGAAGACAUUCCAAAUACAGUUUGUCUUUGCUUUUCUGUAUCCAAGUUUGGAGUUUUCCUUGCCGAGGUGAACGGGACUGGCACAAAGAGAAUAAUGAAUGUAAUUUCCCCCCCCUCCCCCCCGUUACUGUUCACUACAUUGCUUUCUCUUCCUCUUUGUGUGAGUUUAUUUAAAAGAGAAUCUCUUUUGUAACGACUGUUUGCAGUUUAAAUCAAUAAACCCCAAGUUUUUUCAAGAAA